AUGUUUUGGAGCGAGCGACUGGUCACCAAAGCUCGAAGCUGGUUUACGCGAACAGUGAAGCUUGAGCCGGACCUCGGUGAUGCUUGGGCCUACUACUAUAAGUUUGAGCUGCAACAUGGUACAGAGGAUCAACAAAGAGAAGUUAUGCAGCGCUGCGUCAGCGCGGAACCUCACCACGGUGAAACGUGGUGUCGCGUGGCUAAAGCCCCGCGCAACUGGCGAAUGAAGACCAAGGAGAUACUCUUCCUCGUCGCUGACACGGUUGUUGUCCCAGUGUGA